AUGGCGAAACGAAGACCUCCUCUGCGUACCGUACCGGCGAGUGCGUUUGUAGAAAUGAGUUUGGAAACAAUUAGGUACAAUAACAACGGCUACGCGAUGACACGACCGACGGUAGUGACGAGAGAAAAAAUAUCUAAUGUGGAUCUGAAGAACGCGACUCUGCAGCUCAGCAAUCUCAUCAUGAAGCUGCAGCAGCAGCAGCAGAUCGAAAACCUGGAGAACCGUGCAAAUCUGGCUGGCAACGGCAACUACAGUCUGGACGAGACCGUUAAGAAAUUGAAGAAAUUGUUCCGGUCGCCAGAAGUCUGUGAACUGCAAUCGCCAAGGGAUGCGGAUGUCCGAGCCAGAUUGAUUUCGAAGCUGGAAGCCGAUGAAAACGCAGCAGGAGAUGUAGGUAAAGUAACUCUGGAGAAUCUUGUAGAAGAAUUUCAUCGCGUGGUCAAUUUCAAGCUGGACUCACCGAUGGUAGAAAGCAAAGAAGAACGCAACAUCGAGUUCCUGGGACAAAUCGUGGACCAUGGGAAAUCCUUCUCGAGGAGGUUCAAUCCACAAUGGCGUACGUCUGGUUCGCAUCCUGUUACGAUUAUUGAAGAGGCAAAGGACGAAGCUUCAUCCAUACCGACGUCGAAGCCAUCCGGUCUAGAUGAACCCAAGCAACAAUCAAUGAAUGGAAGCAAUCCGAAUGGUUCCGAUAAACCAACGGUGGGCUUCAACCUGAAAAAGCUCCGGAAACUCGAGAGAUUACAGGCCAAACGGUUAGCAGCAGAAGAGCUGAAGAGGCAGACCAUCAGAGAUCAACUAAAAAGAGAGCAGAACUUUUCACUGCAAACUGAGAAACGAGUGUUUGAACAAUGGGAACAAAUGUGUUCGGAUGUGCAGUAUCAAAGUAUAUGGGAGGACAUGCUGCAAAUUCAGCAGUACAUCCAACCGCGGCUAGAUAGGAAAAAUUUCUGCAUAGAGAGGCUGCUUACAAGCCGGACGGAAAUCGAGGAUAUUUACUCUAGAAAUUUGCAGCGAUUGAAGAAAUUGAUUCAAUGUUAUUUAGACAUUCAUGCAUACUUUCGGGACAAUUUAUCGCAACAAUAUGAAAAGGAUUGCAAGAAUCUCUUGGACGAGUUUCGCCGUGAUGCUCUACUGAAAGAGAGCCAUGGAAAUGAGUGUACUCUACAAAUGGAAGGUGCAAUUAUUUCUUUGGAGGAUGCGAUGGAACAAGGUCUGCUGGAUGACCGUGUGGAUUUUAUAAAGAAGAAUGAUGAAACUAUUAAUACACAUAUUGAAAAACGCGAUCGACUGCGCGACAAAAAGCUGGACCACCUCCAGCAACUGCACGGGGAAAUCAAGUCGGUUGUAAAAAAUUAUCUAACUACCAUUUUGCAUCCGGAGAAAGCAAAAGCUUAUUUCGACUUAUAUGGCACAGAUGAAGCAUCCCAGCAAUUGAUUACCGGAAAUAGAGUGAAAAUUAAACAAUUGCGUGAAACCAUAAGACAUUUGAACAGAAAAAUAAUUGAAGUAGAUAUAGCUGGUAAUCGGAGAGUAAUAACCAAAAGAUUCGCGAAACGUAAGCUUGAGACUGAUUUGGACUCUCAUAAGCGGACAUUGGCCAAAUUGGAAGUAGACCAUAAGGAUCGCAUGAAAGAGCUUUCCUACAAUGCAUUUCAUGUACAAACUCAUCUGGACCAAUUGCUGGGACGAGGUAAGCUUAUACUGGGACUAGCUCGAAAUUGUUCCAAACUUGAGUGCGAUGACGACAAAAAGUAUUUCGAAAGGCGUGUUAAGCAAGGCCGUACCGCUACCAACUGUCCAGCUGAGUAUGAGUUUUUCUUCGAUAAAAUCAAUCGUGUGGAAGCAAUUAACCUCUUACUAGCGGCUGAAAGGGAUAAACUGCAGCAGACCAAUCGUGAAUUGCAGGAUAAAUUCAAAGAGUACUGCAAAUUGAAUAAUCCAAAAGCUGAUUCUGUCAAUUUGCAGUUGGUUGCAACAAAUAUUUUCACUAGUGAAAAGCCAAAAUGA